AUGGGAAGAGAUACACAAUGCCUAUUGCGCCGAGAGAUAGUGUACGCACUGGAGAAGUUGGGCACGAAGGUGCAGUGGCCGCAAAAGAUAAAAUUAGAUCCAAGCACCAGGAGGUCGAACGCCCUCUGUGAAUUCCACCAAGAAAGAGGACACAAGACCGAAGAUUGCAUAGGUCUGCGGCAAGAAGUAGUUAGGAUGUUGAACGAGGGGUACCUGAAAGAACUGUUAAGCGAUAAAGGAAGGGCCAACUUUGCUCGAAGGCGCGACCCAUCUCAAGGGCCUCCAAAGCCACCAUCACCAGUCUGUACCAUACAAAUGAUCAUUGGCGGUGGCGAUGACAUGGUAAUCAACCAUGUGAAGUUCACCACCACGCACAAACUCAAACGGACAGUCGCCCAUGAACGGUAUGAUGACCUUGAAGAUAGUAUCAUCUUCGAUAAGUUAGAUACCGACAGUUUGUCUUUCCCUCACUAUGAUACUUUAGUUAUAACUUUACGCAUCGCUGAUACCGAUGUAAAAAGAAUCAUGGUGGAUGAUGGAAGCGGCACGUGUAUUGUUUACCCGUGA